ACAGCUGAUUGAAGCCCAGUAAACAUAAACAAAUGUUUGAAGAGAAAAACAUUAAACAGAAAUAUAAACUAUUAAUGAAUUAAAGAUAAUAAAUAUACAUCAUCCCUUUGAAAGUUCACAAAGACUAACUAGGCACAAUGGUUAAAGCAACUACCAGAGGUGCGACUUCCAAAGCAGCGAAAGCUGGAUCAAAGGGAGCAACGAAGGGAACCAAGGACAACUCCAAGCGCUAUCGUGAGAAAAUCAAAAAGGAUCCGAUCAAGUAUCAGGAAUACCGAGCCAGAGAAACCGAGCGAAGUAGGAUGUAUCGCAGCAAACUAAAGGAAGUGGUUAAGAAGAAUACGAAGGUUUUAAAAACAAAGCGAGAAACCGACCGACUCAGGCAGCAAAGAUAUCGGGAGAAAAAGAAGGAGGAGCUCGCCAAUCAACGAUCAUUGGAGGAAAUGCUGAAGAAGCUGGAAAAGUCACUCCCAGCCAAAAUGUCCCGAAAGAUUGAAGUGAUUAAGCUAUUGUAUAGCAAAUAUGUUGAGCCUGAAGUCAAGGAAUCCUAAAUUCCUUUCCAGUAGAUUCUGAAUCCUGUAAGAGCUGGCUGCAAAUAUUUACAAGAAUAGGUUAGGUAUACAUUUCCUGAAUUAUUUAAUGGAAUUGCCACAUAUCUAAAGGGACUGUUUAAUGUCCAGAUGCAAUAAGUACUUUUUGGAUAAAUCUGA